AUGCCUAUACCGAUCACUGUCUUCACAGGCUUCGUAGGCGCUGGGAAGACAACAACGAUUCUUGGUUUACUCUCAUCCUUGCCAAAGGGUUACAAGGCGUGCUUACUCAAGAACGAAAUUGGGGAUGUACAAGUUGACAGUCAACUCGCCAAGCAGUCCAGCUUGACCGCGGUUAACGAGAUCCUCAAUGGGUGUCUGUGCUGUGUCUUGGUCGGUCAGAUGAAAACCGCACUUCUUGAGAUAAGAGAAAAGUACAAUCCGGAUAGAAUAUUCAUAGAAACCUCAGGCUCGGCCUUCCCUGCUACUCUCGCGUUCCAAAUUCGCGAGCUAGAACAAGAGACGAACGGAGCACUAAAACUCGACGCUAUUGCUACCGUUAUAGAUGCUGAAAAUUUUACUGGGUACGAAGAUACAAGCCCUACUGCUAGGAUGCAAGCAAGCUAUACUGACAUAAUCUUGAUCAACAAGUGGGAACAUGUGUCGGAGCGUCAGCUGGACAUUGUUCUCGACCAUUUGAAUACUCUGAACGAUCUUACGCCAAAGAUUAAGUGUAACGGCAAAGGGGGCGUGGAUCCAACUCUUAUUUUUGGACUAGACACGAAACUAUUUUCGAACCCCUCCGAGCAUGUACAAGACGGUUCCCAUAAUGAGGAAGUCCAAACCUUGACGAUUCGGCGCGGCUUCUCAGUUCAUCCGCAAAACUGCGCCUGCAAUGGUUCUCAUACGCAUUCCGAGAUUAACGGUCAUGACGGAGCGGACCCUCUUGUUCUUGAUGCAGCACGCUUCUCUUCUGCAUUGUCCACGCUACCUAAAGACAGCAUAUGGAGAGUGAAGGGAUUUGUUCGAUUGACGUCUCCAGACGGAACCUCUACGACAGAGUUCAUUGUCAACUGGGCAUUCGGGCGGCUCGAAUUAACUCCGCGUGUAAUUUCAGACGGAGACACAGACGGUUCAGGUCCCGAAGUGAUGCCAGAUGUACUUCUUACUGUAAUGGGCGAGCGCGGAGAGAUGAGGAGAUCUACUUUGCAAUUCGCGAAGGCGAUAGGUGCCGAGGUGCAUUAG